UGAUGCUGGGCUGAUGGACAUCCAGUGUCCAACGUUAGCAGAGAGACACAGUCAUGUAUCGGGGGCUGUCAUGUCUGGUUCUCUGCGUCCUGCUUGGAAUGGUCAGAGGGAGCCGGAAGAUGUCAAAGCUGGCGGACAGGAAGCUGUGUGCGGAUGAGGAGUGCAGUCAUCCCAUCUCUAUGGCAGUGGCACUGUCUGACUACAUGCCCUCUGACUGCCGCUUCAUACCCGUCAGGCGGGGGCAAACAAUGUACAUUUACUCCAAGUUAAAGGGCCGCGGGCGACUCUUCUGGUUUGGCAGUGUGCAAGGAGAUGAAUAUGGGGAGUAUACAGCCAAGCUGGGUUAUUUUCCCAGCUCCAUUGUACAAGAAGAACACUAUCUGAUGCCAGGAAAAGUGGAGGUCAAAACAGACCAAUGGGAUUUUAUGUGCAAUUGAUUUCUUCCCUCCCUCUGUUCUGUAUUCUAUACUCCACGGAGCUCACCGGUCCUCUGUUACAGACUGCAACGGGACUGAACAAUCUGAUGAGAAAACCAGACCUAUAAAUAAAUGUUUCUUUCUGUGCAUGAUACUGUAUGCUUCUUUGUACAAUACAUACAUAUUAAAUAAAAAUAAAAUACUACCAUGUUGCCAA